AUGACGAAUCAAGAACAGCACAUUGGGGACACCGAAAUCUGUGAAGUCUGUAAAAGUGGAGUGGAAUCAAUCUUACAUGUGCUUCGUGACUGCCAAGCAAUCGCCGAUAUAUGGCAGCGCAUUUUGCCGAGAGGAAGACCACAAGUUUUCUUUGCUAUGACUUGCUUAGAUUGGUUGUUUGUGAACUUAAGUGAGAAUCCCAUGACGGAGAAUGGGCCAUGGUCCACUGUGUUUGCUGUAGCGGUGUGGUCUGGAGUGAGUGCGAGUAAUAGUGUGGGGCCAGCGAGUAGGCAGGAGUGUCUGAUCUCAUGGACGCCACCAUUGUGGUGUGGGGGAUUUUCCCUCAACAUUGGGCGUUGUACAGCGCCGCUCGCGGAGUUGUGGGGUGUGUACUAUGGCCUUUGUAUCGUUUGGGAGAAGAAGGUUCAGCGCCUCAUCAAUGGUGGUUGGGUUCUUAAUGACAGGGAUCUCUCGUCCACAUCCGUUGUCUUUCCUGGCUUGCAUACAUUUGAUUCAGUUCCUGUGGACUUAUUGCCAGUGUUGCGUGAUGACGAGUGUGGAGUCAUGCAGCAAGUCCGUGUGUAA